UAACAGGUGAAACUAGGAGAUUGGAAAAUCAUUGCAUACUUUUAAUGGCUAACACGGAAGAUGAAAUUUGAAAUAAGAUAAAUUGGAUAAUAUACUUCAACAUUUAUAUAAUCCAUAUGUGGAAAAAUUUGAAAAAAAACCAUAAUAGUACUGGAUAAGUCUACAUGGGUGUUUUACAUAGAGAAGUUGUGGGAUUUAUUCCGAUUUAUUAUACACCUAAUAAAUGAUAUAGCCUUGACAGUACAAGUUAAAGCCUAGGGUACCUACGAUCGACUCUCAAUUUCAGAUGACUCCAUCCCUGGAUGAGUGCGGUUAUCGUUCUAUUAUUGGUGGUAUACUCUGCAAUGUCAGAGGCAUACAAUCAACGGCUUCAGACAACGAGAUUGGAAAUUGUGCUGGUCACCAGAAGAUGUACUAUAGUUACUACUCUAAGCCUGGAGCCAACCACACUGAAUGAACAUGUUAACGAUUUCAAAUGAACCAACUGUUGGAUAUAUACAAAAACACCAAGCGAUACUAUUUUGGAUGAUAACAUAAGGAGCUCAUAAAGGAUGAACGAAAGUCAAAUGACACUUAUGCCACCCAAUAAGGAUGACUCCAUCCAAUUAGAACAUGUGGCGUAUCUGACAAAAAUCGCAGAUGGAUUUAUGCACUACGUUCCCCCGUUUAUUUUGGCGUUUGGGACAUUCGGUAAUCUCUUUGUCAUCAUAAUCAUGUUGCAACCGAAAAUGCGAAGGAAAAGCUCCAGCAUGUACCUUUGUGUAUUGGCUAUUGCUGACAUCAUUGUGUUAUACACAGGUCUUCUCAGACGUUGGCUGGUCGCCUUCACGCAGUACGACAUUCGCACUGCUUCCGAUGUCGCAUGCAAGUUGUUUAUCUACCUCCUGUAUGUGUUUAGUCAGUUUGACUCUUGGAUACUAUGUGCUUUGACUAUUGAAAGACUCUUCGCUGUUACCAAACCACUUAAGGUUAAGAUAAUUUGCUCUCGAGCAAAAGCAGCCACAUCUUUGGGGAUUCUAUUGUUUAUAUUCCUAGUAGUGAACUGUCACUUCAUAUGGAUGUUCGGGGUAGAAUCAUCAGACGAGACUAACUUUGAACAUAAGGAAUGUUAUUACAUGAAACCGUCUUAUGGGGUUUUCUACGAUGAGAUCUACGUCUGGGUUGAUUUUCUUUUAGUUACAGUUCUCCCAAGUUCGAUCAUCAUAAUCGGAAACAUUAUCCUUGUUACCCAUAUUGUUCAUUCCCGUGUUCAAAGACAGUCAUUAACGGCCUCUGUAUUCACUCGUAACUCAAAACAUCGUGUUCCAUACCGCCUCACUAACGCUACUAUUAUGCUCAUCGCCGCUAGCGUUGUGUUCGUGGUCACCACCACGCCACUGCUCGUUAUGAUCAUAGGACAGUGGAAUGUAUUUGGCAGGGCCCCCAAGACAGAAUACGAGGGCUGGGUGCAUAUACUGUGGCAAAUUGUCAACUUAUUAUAUUACUCCAAUAAUGCUUUCAAUUUUUCCUUGUAUUGUUUAAGUGCACGGUCUUUCAGAAAGGAACUAAAAUUGAUCCUAUGUUAUUGCUGUAGGCGUAUAAAUAAAAAAGAUCGAAACACUCCACUGACCCAAAACAGUACAAAUGCCAAUCAUGAAGCAGAUACCUCAAUUCAGACUGUAACUGAUACUGUUAUCGCUAAUGCCAACGCGGAAAAUUUAACUGUGGACGAUAAUCAAAAUAUGGAAGAUCGUGAUCACACUGUACAUGACGAUACAGCAGUAACACAUGCACACUACACUACGGUCGGAGAUGCAAGGGACAAACAUGUAACAAAUGAGACGCCAACAGACAAUGUUCCUGACAAUGAUAGCAUAGCACCUGUUAGAAAUAACAACAUAAACUCUUCAAAUAAUACAGACUCAGUCCAAACUGUAUUUUGCAACCGGGACGCACUUGGUUCAAACAUUGACAUAAUUGAAUCAAACUAUGACAUCAUUGAUUCAAAAUAUGACACCGAUGUACAAGGGAAUUUUAGCUUUGGAUCAGAUGUUAUGAUUACUGCAGGACCAUAUGACGACUGCAUCAUUCCACCACCGGAAACUUAUGGUAACGAUGACAACAAUGAAAUGAUUGAAAACGAAAAUGUUUUAACGAUUGAUUUCGACGAGGAAUCUAUCAGUAGUUUUAAGGAAACACCUGAGUUAGACGAUGAUGAGACGCCAACUGGCAUGGCUAUUAUAAACAAUGAGAGUGAGGAAACACAAUUGUAACGAUUUAAUACCUUGUGUCUUGAAUGUGGAAAAUAGUAGUUUGCCAUUAUGUAGAAGGGGAUUCGUAUUUUAAUUGUUUAUUUUACAGACAUCCACAGGCUUCUUCAUUAGUAUGUUUUCUUAAAUUGAGUCAUCUAUGUUUUCUGACUCCAUCUGUAAAUUGUGAUUGGUUCUAGUUACGCUACUUUUUCAGAAACACGGUGGUAGUUUGAUUUGUAUGAAUGAAUGCGAUUUCAAACAACAUCGUCAAAAACGUAGUCUGUGCAAGACUUUUUGUAUUUAAACCGUAUUUACAGUGUAUUCACAUAAGAUUUUUUAGUUUUCCAUAAUUGUAAAUAUAUAUAUUUGUAAAUACUGUAUAUACCUGUAACGGAGUGUCUAUAUUCUCUUUCCUAAUCAAUUACCCACACUCACUAUCCACAGGCAUUAACCUGCCGUUGGAAUGAUUUCAUACCCACAAU